CCUGUGGACUUCUUCUUGAUGUACUUUGCCCUAGGGGUGAAUAUUAACAGCGGGUGGGGGGCUGUUUUUUUCUUGAUUGACUUUCCCAAUAUUCCCUUCAAUGACCGGUUACUGAGUGACCCGGGCAGGGGCGGGUAGGGGAGGGGAGCUCCCAACCCUCCAUCCACCAUCCUUUAUCCCUCCAUCUCUCCAUUCACCUAUCAUCCCUCCAUCAUAUCAUUCAUUCAUCCCCAUCCAUACCCUACCACCACCACCACCACCACCAUUUAGCCUUCCAUUAUCUGACCCUCCAUCUUCUUGUCCACCCAUCCCCCUCCCCAACCUUGGUGAUGAUGCCCCUCUCCGCAGGCCCCCUCACUAGAGGCAGGUGACAUUGUGCUGGUGGUAGGGAACCCACCACAAAACAUAGGGGGUGGGGAAAGACUAAAGCACCCGGCCGCCGUUCCCUGCAUUCUCCCACCCCCUAAAAUAUGAUCAGGGGGGCUUGGAUGUAUCCAAGGGAAGAUGAGGCCGUCUUAAAGAUCUGCUGGGAACCCCGACACAGCGACAAACCGUGCGCCGACUCCGAGAGGGCUCAGAGAUGGCGAAUGUCCCUAGCCUCUCUCUUAUUCUUCACCGUCCUGCUGUCUAAUCACCUCUGGCUGGUCUCUGCUGGGGCCAAGGCGAGGGGCAACUUCUCUUAUAGCCACCAGCCAGCCCGGGGGGAGCAGGCCAACUCCAGCUUGUUGUCCCGCCAGAGCUUCCCUGGGGAGGGGAGGGGGUGCUGGGACAACUUCCUAAGCAAUUCGACCAAAUCUGCUGCUCACCCUCCGCAUUGCACUGGUGCCAGGUCCUCUCACCUGGAUACUGCCUGCACCAAAUUGCAUCUGCAAAGACACCGGGGACCUUUUCCCCCUUCCUCACCCCAACCCUCCUCCUCCAGAUCCUACGCCCCUUCCUCUACUUCCUACAACCAAAAGAGGAACUUUUUGAAGGCUUAUUUUAACAAUUUCACCUUGUCUUUUUGUGAUACUUACUCCAUACUGGACCUGCUGCUGGGCAUGUCUAACCCCGACAGCCUGAACUGCAGCCUGGAGAACCUGAUGGAGGACAUGGUGGGGACAGCUGCAGCCUCCUCAGCCCUCAGUGACGACGAAGUGUGCAGCAAUUGUAUCCAAGCUUACCAGAGACUGGAUCAACACGCUCAGGAAAAAUACGAGGAGUUUGACUUUGUGUUGGAGAAAUACCUUCAAUCUGGGGAGUACUCUGUGAGAUCAUGCGUGGGAGACUGCAAGGCUGUCUACAAAGCCUGGCUGUGCUCAGAGUAUUUCAAUGUGACCCAGCGACAUUGUCGUAAUGGCAUUCCCUGUAAGCAGUACUGCCUGGAGGUGCAAACCCGCUGUCCCUUCAUACUACCUGACAAUGAUGACCUAAUUUAUGGAGGGUUACCUGGCUUCAUCUGUACAGAUUUGCUAGAAAACCAUAUGUCUAACACAGAUGCGGUUUGCUGUGAUGUCCGAUGGCAUUCCUGCAACACUAUGGGUAACGGCGCCCACAACACAUCAACCAAAUCUUUGAACUCCCAAUCCAUGUACUACCAACACCGCAGUCGCCACCACCAGCACCCUCACCAUCGGCACCAUCACUUACAUCCUUAUCAUCAUCAUCAUCAUCAUCACAAACCAUCUCUGCUGCCGGUCUCAGCGGGAUCCCGCCUCGGAAACACCAGACUAAAGCUGUGCGUGCUGGUGCUUAUGCUGCUCCACACCAUGGCUUCCUUCUCGGCUGUACAAAUUGGGGUGAGCUUGGAAGCCAUGCCUGGUAUGGAUGAGACAUCGGCACGUGAAGAGUGAACAUGCGGAAGUGCUUUCUGAAAACUCAGAAGAUUGGAAUAAGUUCUUCUAAAGGGUGUGCGCCCUUUUCUAUGACCCAGAGGCACUGGGAGAUCACCCUCAGCAGCAGUUAACCAUGACACAGCAUGGUAAAAACACAAUGAGUCCUGUGGGUUAGUGGGCCAGUGAGACACAACUUUGAGAAGGGUUCUGUGUCAGUGGCCUUGAAAAGAUGCUUGUGUUAAGCAGAGGCAACGUGAGGCAGAGUAAGAUUGGGGUGGUCCAGUAUCAUUAUGAAGAGUGAAAAUGUGGAAUGAAGGCCUGGCUAAUUAAAACAUGGCACUCCAUGGUUAGCGAAAGUAACAGUUGGUUGAGCCCGCUGGUAACUACCGGUGAGCUUUAUUUGUGGUAGAUGCUAAGUGCUUUAGUGCUGCCCUGAAUGUAUUCUUGGUCAUGUUGAUUUGAAAGUUGGCCCAAUUAUCAAGCAGCGUAUGGCCAAGUGGCAGCCGUAUAUUUCUAACAUGAACAAAAGAAAUAAAAACUAUAUUUUAACAUCAUCAUGCCAGGGUAAGAAAGGCGAUCUCAUAAAUAACAAUAUCCUGUGUAGACAUCAUAAUAAUGUGUCACAGGGAAACUACAGUAAUCACUGGUUAAAAAUGAUCAGGCAUCAUGAGCCACAAAAUAAUAACAGAAUGUGCAAAAAAUUUAAGUGAAUCACUUGAGAUAUCACAUGUGUAUAGAAACAGUCUUUAUGUUUUGGACAACAAGGGAUUAAGUGUAUGAAACUGAGGAGGGGCAUAUAGCAUCAUGCUCUGUGUGCCAGAUGGAAUUUGGAUGUCAGAUGUCUGCAACAAUGUUACUAAUACACUUAUCUACAGAACCCAUAAAGACAGUCGUGUUGUAUGCCAGCCCUAGGUGACCUGUGACAACAUGCCAGAUUUAUUUUCAUUCACACACUGUCAUCUGUGUGUGCAAUUCAAGCCUUCUGUAUAAUUCAUAUUGAAAGAAGCGGAUUAAGCUUAUACCACAAAAUCCUAGCACUCUUAAAACCUUGGCCGGUGACAUUGGGUGUAAACAUUGGUAUCAAAUAGUUAACAGAUAGAUAUGAAGUGAACUGAGAUCAAGACACUGGUAUGGUUAGGAGAGGGGGAGCUAAUUAAAUCUAGGCAAGCUUUAGUAGACAGACAAGUUAAUUUACCACUAUUAAAUGGAAGAAGCAGGUAGAUGCCUGCCUAGAGAUGUCAAACAGCCCCUAGUCAGACUGAGAUAAUAUUUCAAUGUUCACAUAUACAAGCAGACAUAUAAUAAUCAAAACCAAAUCAUAGUGUUACUGAGAUUAAAUAGCACCAUCUAUAGGUAUGACUACACAUUAACUGUCCUCCUGGCACAUAACAGGGACACAAAGUAUAGGGCAAGGCUUGGCUUCCACCUCCAGCAAUGACAUGACCAACACAAAUCCUUUGCUGGUGGUAGAAAAUGCACUGGAACUACCCGCACAUCAGGCAAUGCUCUCUUUCUGGCACUUUCAUUCCCUUAUUUUGCCCGCUCAAUUGAUUCUCAGGUUUUCAUGUGUGUAUAACAGGCCCAGUUUAGAAAUGUACACAAAUGCCAUCGCAGCUGCUUUUCAGUAUGCAAAUAUAGCAGCCACCAAGAUCUGUAUUGAGGCAUCUGAGAUCUGCCACUUGUGCAGAUCAGUCGAUAUCCAGCCAACUGACUAAUCUAUGGUUGUGCAGCUUGGCUGUAGGAAAUAAGACAUCUGAGCCAUUUUAACUGCAUAUAGGAUCGCAGUCAUAAGAUGCGACACGCCUGCUAAACUGUCCCAGCACCUCCCUGUUACUGCCCACAAAUGCUCCCUGUCUGUCACUACUCACUGUAGCCAUCAUAGUAAGACCAUCACAGCACAUACAGAGCGGGUCUUAGACACAUGUACAGUAGUAAAAAAUCUAAGUAGAAUCUGAUUGGUUGCUAUGGGCAACAUCUACACUUCUACUAUAAACCCCACUUUAGUAAAUAUACUUCCACUACUGUCCUUUUUUAGUACUGCCACCCUGUACUCCAUCUAAGUUGCACCUUUAGCAGGGUAUGGGUCGUUGGGUCGACUCAUGUUAGGUCAACAGUCAUUAGGUCGACCAUGGAAGGUCGACAUGCAUUAGGUCGAUAGGGGCAAUAUGGUGACAUGGUCAUUAGGUCGACAUGUACUAGGUCAACAAGUCAAAAGGUCGACAUGGGUUUUUGGACUUUUUUUGUGUUGUUUUAUUCGUAAAGUGACGGGGAACCCCAAUUAGUGCACCGUGUCCCCUUGCAUGGCUCACUUCGCUCGCCAUGCUUUGGGCAAGGUGCCUCGCUCUACUACCACUGUUCUCGGCACAAGUUACCGUUCCCAAUUGUAGUCCACGUGGAUCGUCAAGUAUGAAAAAGUCCAAAAAAAAUGUAAAUUUUUUUUAAAAAAACUCAUGUCGAUCUAGUACAUAUCGACCUAAUGACCAUGUCGACCUAAUGCAUGUCGACCUUCAGUGGCUGACCUAAUGACUGUCGACCUAAGCUGUGUUGACCAAACGACCGUAUCCCUUUAGUGAGUCCAAGGGUAAAUUUACUAAAGGUCGAUUGUGAUUGAUUUCAGAUCAAUUACAUUUUAAUAUUUAAUACAAAAAAUGUUUUAAGUAAUUCUGUGUUUUAAUCCUGCAAGCCCAGCAUUGAUUAAGAUCGAUUUUACAUGAUCUGAAAUUUAUCGAAAUCGAUUAAAAUGGACCUUUAGUAAAUAUACCCCCUACUAUUACCCAUACUACAUACUAUUACUAGAGUCCUUGGCUCGCUUAAUUUGUGACUUCAAAAUUGUCAGUGAAGCUAAUGACACAAAAGUAAUAGGAUUUUAGAUGAUGUCAGAAAGGAUUCUUUAUUUCAUUUUUAUAGUGUAUGUCACAGAUUUAAUUACAUUGGAACACAAUACAGACUCUUCUAAGUAGUCCUCAGCUGCCAAAUAGAAAUUAAACUAUUCUUGGAUUGCCUUGGCAUCUAAAAGCUGUUUAGCAAUUACACAUCUGUGGUCUUUUCUGGUGGAAUUCUACGCAAUUGAAAUUGAACAUGCUUCCAUAUAGGAAUUCUGUAUAACUUUUUUAAAGCCCCACAGAGUUCAUAUACAGUAUACUAGAUGGCAACAUGAUUAAUCUGAUCAUGUUUCACAGAGUAAUCUAAGUGAUAAUGUAUAACAGAAAAUGAAUUGAUGUAAGAAAUAUUUAGCAUUUGUUGAUGUGUUAUUUAUACACCAAGGCUAGACUUGCUGUGAUACAUUCGUCAGCAUUAUCUGGUUAAUCUAAAAAGUAAAAAUGGUCAUAUAUAAAAUGAAGAUUUAUAUGAAGGUUCCCUGAAGAAGGAAAAAAAACAUACCUCAUCCAAAUUAGCUGCUUUUCAUAAUUCAGGAAGACUAAAAGUACCAAUCGGUAUAUGACAUAUUAUAUUGUUGAACAGGGUUGCAGAUCAUCCCUUUAAUUUAACUGAUUAAAAUCAAGUGAAAUGGUGACUUGUAGACAGCCAGCCAAAGAAUCUGUAAUUCAUAUGUGGGAUGUUCUGGCAACCCUACUGUUGAACCUGUUUUUAUUCAGUAGGUAGACCGCUUCCUAAAGCUGGGUACACACUGGAACGAUGUUGAGCCGAUUUGCCAUUUCAUAAUGACAAAUCGCCUCCAUUGCUCAGUGUGUAUGGGUGAUUGUGCGAUAUCACUGGCGACCUUGUUUAUGCUUAUGAAGGAUGGAACAAGAUCGUACUGUCCUUCAUAAAACUUGUACUACUGUGUACACAUAAUCUGGACUCAAAGACAUUCAUUCCGAUGUUGGAACAAAUUCCCGUUGCUCCAGUGUGCACCCAGCUUUAGUAUUUUUGGAUGUUGGCAUACCAACAAUCAGGAUGCCGGUGGUCAGAGAACCGGCAUCACAAUCCCGAAUAUAAGUAUCAGGAGGAGGGUUUGGGUUACCCUGUGGGAGAGUAGGGUUAGGCACUAGGGGGAGGGUUAUGGCUAGGCUGUGGGAAAAGAGGGAUAGGGUUAGGCUGUGGGUAGGGAGGGUUGGAAGGAGGGUACUGGGUAGGGUUAGCCUACUUACCAAAAUGUGUUGGGAUUCUGUCGGGAUGCCGCUGUCAUAUUCUGACCAUCGGCAUCCUGUCAGGAUCCCAUACCCAACCCAGUAUUUCAUGUGUCAUAAGUAAAUUAGAUGUAGUUGUAUUUACAAAAGCCCAGGCCUUCCUCCAAUCUACUAUAGCCCCCAGCCAGUGAUAGCUAUUGCCAGGUAGGCCUACCAUCCAAUCCUCUUAUGCUAUCAUGGGGAUUGUUAUAGGAUCAAAUGUUUUAUAUUUUUUAAGUAAUGCAUUUGUAAAAAUAUAUUUAGAUAACCAAACAUUUUAGUAUAUAUUUUACAUUUGUCUGAUAUGUUUUAUUCUUUUAUUUAUUUCUUAUAGAAAGUGGAACUGGAAGUCCAAGCUUCCAGCCCAUGAUAUGUGUGUGUGGUUACGCAUAUACAGAAGCUCCUGGCUGGACAGGCAGUAAGAAUACACCUACCAGUGCCAGCUAGUAUUGUCGGCAAGCAGGGUAUCACUCAGCUACCCCUGAUGAUAUUUCAUAAAUAAACUGAGUGAAAUAAAUAUGUUGUAUUGCAGCUUAUCCCAUAAUAAAUAGUACUGUAAUAAAAAGAGCAGAUCUCCCAGUAAUACAUCUGCCUCUAUAUGGAUCCAAAUUUUCCAACAUAAAGGAACUAUAAUAAAAAUGUUAUCAUACUUCAACAGAAUACAGGAAAGCAGCUCUCCAGUCCCAGCAAAAAGCUGUUCAGAAACUUCUAACUAAAUACAGUGGAUAAUGUCUUCCUCAUGGGACUCGGAUCAUGAUAUGCAUUUUUCCAUAUCUCAAAAGAUGUUCAAAUAUAAACACUUUUUUCACUAAAUGCAUUUCUAUUGAAACCAGUCCAGUAUCCCAUCAAAGAGGCCGACCACUGUUUUAUUUUAUUUAAGGCCUUUCCUUUAUUAGGCAGCCUAAAGAAAAAGUAUACAUACUUUGGAGUCAAAUAGGUUCUGUACUUUGUUUUUCCAAACAUCCUAAUUCUCUACGAUGUAGUCUUAAACUUGCCCAUUUCUAAACAAACAUCCUAAUUCUCUACAAUGUAGUCUUAAGUGUGCCCAUUUCUAAAUUAAUAUUUAUUAUUUAAUACCAGUUAUUUAUGUAGCGUACAUAUAUUCCACUGUGCUUUACAGAGAAUACUUGGCCAAUCACGUUGGUCCCUGCCCCUAUGGAAUUUACAAUCUAUGUUCCAUACCAAAAGGACAUACACCCUAUAGUUAAUUUCACUUACACCAGGGUUAAUUUUUUGUUGGAAUCAUUUUAACUACCUGUAUAUAUUUGGAGUGUGGGAGGUACCCAGAGUACCUGAAGGAAACCCACGCAAGCACAGGGAGAAUAUACAAACUCCACAAUGUUAGGGACAUGGUGGGAAUCGAACCAAAGACCUCAACGCUGUGAGGCAGUAAUGCUAACCAUUGCGUUAUACCAUUAUCUUAAUAAUAUAAAUGAUUGCACAACAUAAAUAGAGCAUGCUACCAUUAAAGAGACUUUAAACAUCUACAUGGGAAGAAUUAUGAGAGAUUGAUUUGAUAAAUGGUAGACCAGGAUGCCAAUAAAUAAAUAAAUAAAUAAAAAUGCAUAUAGAAAUGCACAUAUGUCAGUAAUACAGCAUUCCAGAUAAUAGCAUGCUCUCCUUUUUGUUUUUUUUCCUAUUGACUAUGGUGUCACAGGAGGGACAAGUGGACACUUAGGGGCAGAUGUAUUAUCCUGGAGAAGGCAUA